CACAAUUUGUGGCUGAAGAGUGGGAUAGGAGUUUCUCCUUAUGUCUUAUUGCGACUCUUGAAAUAGCAAACAAAACUUUGAGCAAAGGCUAAACCAAGGAGGGCAAAACAUUAUUAAGAUAUAAUUAUAGUAGCGCCGAGGCGGCUUGUUUGAUGUUUCUCGCCGGUUUUAAAGAAACAGGCAACGAAAUAAGUUUUUCCGAUUACAUGGACGGUUGUUGCGGACUGUAUAAGUAAAUUAAUUUCCAUGAAAUGCUCUAAACCAACGAGCUACAUGGGUCUCUCAAGUAAGAUGAGUAAAUCGUCAGACUCUAAGACCGGCAGUAGCAAAACGAAGAAAGAAAAACCUGAGCUAAAGAGGCAUUUCAAACUUUCACAUCAACUCGUCAGUCUCACAGGAAUUAAUUUCCAGCGGCAAAGCGUGAUUGGGUACUCUGAGCUGACGAUAAUUCCCUUGAAGGACAACCUUCGUUACAUUUUCCUCAGCGCAAAGCAAAUUCGUGUUUACCGAGUUGUCCUCAAUGGCAACUAUGAAGUGCAGUUUCAGUAUUUUGACCCCUUUCUUGAAGUCUACCCAACAGAUGAAAACAACGACAAGAAAUCGCUCGAGAAUUUUUCGCCUGCUCACCUUAAAGCAGCGCAGGCAACGGACACGGACAGAGGCUCCGGGGAGCUAUUGCUAACCUUUCCAGAGCAGUCUUGGCCACUUUUUCAAGAGGGCCGACCUCUGAAGAUUGGAAUUGAGUUUUCUCUUGAAGAACCAAAAUCUGGGCUGCAUUUUGUCAUUCCAGAAGGCGAAGGAAGUUUAGCAGAGAGGGGUGCUCACAUGUUCACCAAUGGCUACGCCAAUUCGUCUCGACUCUGGUUCCCAUGUGUGGACACGUUUUCAGAGCCAUGCCCAUGGAGACUGGAAUUCACUGUAGACGAAUCUAUGAUUGCGGUGGCAAGUGGAGAAUUAAUGGAGGUCGUGUACACACCUGACAUGCGGAGAAAAACUUUUUACUACUCUCUCACCACCCCAACAGCCGCCCCACACAUUGGGCUGGCAGUUGGGCCAUUUGAAGUUUUUGUUGACCCAACGAUGCACGAGGUCACACAUUUCUGCUUACCAGGACUAAUGCCAAUUCUGAAGUCGUCUGUAAAAUACAUGCAUGAGUCAUUUGAGUUUUACGAAGAAACCCUCUCAGCUAGAUACCCCUAUACUUGCUACAAGCAAGUGUUCAUUGACCAAGCAGUAGAUGAUGUUCGGCCUUAUGCCACGAUGGGUCUAUUCAGCACUUACCUGCUUCAUGGAGCCCCUAUUGUGGAUCAAGUCUACUUGACUCGCAAAUCCAUGGCCCAGGCCAUUGCAGAGCAGUUUUUUGGCUGCUUCAUCACAAUGGAGCGUUGGUCAGAUCUUUGGCUUUGUCACGGAAUUGCAACCUACCUGACUGGUCUCUUUUCUAAAAAAUGUUUUGGAGACAAUGAGUACCUGGAUUACAUCCACUCAGAAAUGCAAGACAUUGUCAAAUAUGAACAAGAAAUGGGGGGAAUCGUUCUUGAUCCAUCACAGGCUCCAGCACCUUUGCCAACGACUCAAGACACAGAAAACUCUCAGAGCUCUCAUCAUCAUCAUCACCAUCACAAACAUGGAAAGUCUCACGGGGGUCCUCAGUCAAACUCGCCUCUCUUCCAGUUCCCAAUCGGAAGCUUGCACACGUUGAGUCCAAAAUACUUUGAAAUAAUGAGAAAGAAAUCCCACUUGAUAAUCAGAAUGUUAGAGCAAAGAAUCGGACAUGAACUGCUUUUACAGGUUUUCAACAAGCAACUAGUUUUGGCUACCACGGCCAGUCAACAAAAAAUGUACAACAUCUCGUCUGUGAAUGCGUGGAACCAUCUGACCGUCUCCACCACAGUUUUCUCCAAAGCUGUGUUCACAGUUUCUGGCAAAGACAUGGAAAGUUUCAUUGACACAUGGGUUCGAACACAAGGACAUGCACACUUUAGUCUGCAGUUUAUAUUUAACAGAAAAAGAAACACUGUUGAGCUUGAGUUGCGCCAAGAGAAAAUUGGUCAGAAAGGAAUCCGACGGUAUCUGGGUCCCCUUGUAGUUGCACUCCAGGAACUUGACGGCACUUUCAAGCACACACUGCAAAUUGAGGGAAAUGUUGCUAGGGCAGAUUUAACUUGUCACUCUAAGUCGAGGAGGAACAAGAAGAAGAAAAUUCCCCUCUGCACGGGAGAAGAAGUUGACAUGGACCUCAGCGCUAUGGAUGCUGAUUCACCUGUCUUGUGGGUUAGAGUUGACCCUGAGAUGACUUUGAUCAGAGCGAGUAAAGUUCAGCAGCCCGAUUACAUGUGGCAGUACCAACUGAGGCACGAACGGGAUGUCACGGCUCAGUCUGAGGCAAUCAUAGCUCUAGAGCAACACUCGACACCUGCCACUCGAUUGGCCUUGACGGACACCAUUGAGAAUGAGCAAGCUUAUAUUAGAGUUCGGCUAAGAGCUGCUCAUUGUCUUACUAAAGUCGCCAAUGCUAUGGUUAGUGGAUGGGCAGGUCCACCAGCGAUGCUUGCAAUCUUUCGAAAGCUGUUUGGAUCUUUUUCGUGCCCUCAUGUUGUCAGGCAAAACGAUUUCACCAAUCUCCAGUUGUAUUUCUUGCAGAAGACAAUUCCAUUGGCAAUGGCUGGUCUGCGUAAUGCACAUGGAAUUUGCCCUCCGGAGGUGAUAAGAUUUUUGCUUGACCUCUUCCGCUUCAACGACAACUCGAAAAAUCGAUUUUCGGACAAUUAUUAUCGAGCAGCCUUGGUCGAAGCUCUAGGAGCAACAGUCACACCUACUGUUUCCAUGCUCACUGCCAAAGCUGGGGGCAUCACGUCUGAAAGCUUGACAGGGGAAACAAAACUUGUGGUUGAGGAGAUUACCAGGUGCCUCAAUCUGGAAAAGUUGCUCCCUUGCUACAAAAUGAGAGUAACUGUGGCCUGCUUAGGUGCAAUAAGAAAAUUGCAGAAGUUUGGCCACAUUCCGAGCUCACCAGCAAUUUUCCGCUCGUAUGCUGCAUAUGGGCAGUGUCUCGAUGUUCGUCUUGCGGGCUUGAGUGCAUUGGUUGAUUACCAAAGAGCUGAUGGAACAUCUGAAGAUUUGGACUUUCUACUGGAUAUUGCUGAAAGUGAUCCAGAGCCUCCAAUCCGACACAAAGUCGUUAGGAUGCUGAUUGACUCACCUCCAUUUGACAUUGCUGCUGGAAGUCCAGUAGAUACGUCAGUUCUUGCUUCCAGGCUGUGGAACAACAUCAAUCAAAAUUUAUAUUACGAUUCCAAACUGAGAUGCGAUUUUGUCGAUCUUUACUAUGUCCUUUACGGAAUGAGGAGACCAUUGUGCUACACUGAAAACUUUGCUCUAAAUAAACCAGCCCUGAAAAGAGAAGCCGAUACUGAAUUAUUGCCUGAUGGAGAAAGCAAGCGUGCUAGAAUGUCUCCAAUACUUUUAGAGGAAAAUCAAAUAGUCGAGUUGGUUACUGUAGAAAUUGAGGCUAAGGACCAGCCACCAAUCCCACCACCCAAGAUUGACAGUAACUACUUUUCGGACAACUCGCAGUCAUUGCCAGGCAUGAUGGGGAGCUCUCAAGGACCAACAGGAUUUUUGCCUGGGAUGUUCAAGGAGGAAGGUGGAAGUGAAAAGCACACUAAAGAGGAAGGCAAACCAAGCAAGAGCAAGAAGAAAAAAAAGGACAAAAAGAAACACAAGCACAAGCAUAAGCACCACAAGCACAAGAGCAAGGAUGCCAGCCGAGAAGGGAAGCAUUCGCACCCUGCGUCGCCUGCAACCCCACUCAAUGCCAAGGAUGAGACUUUGAGCUCUGGCAGUUCUUCACCCUCGCAGACAUCUCAAGACGUCACUUUUUAAACACCAAUGUUGAGUGGAUGAGGUUCGUGGUUUCCAAGAAUAGGGUAAACUGGAACACCUGGAAAAACCCUGGCAAUUUCGGCGUGUGACUGAGUGAAAAGCUGCGUGUUGUGCUCCACCGAGGUAAACCAAACCGUGUGGUCUGGAGUGUCUGCUGUAUAAAUGAUGUACUGAAAGUCCUAAAAAUUUCAAUUUAAACAUCGGUUUUUUUAUAAAUAAAAUUUUUGGUUGCGUAUAAAAGGAGUAUAUUUUACUGUAUGCGU